GGCUGGUAGCGGUGGGGGCUGCAUGGAGAAGGGGGUAUUAGGGAGGCCGGGGUAAGGGAGGACAGAGGAGCAGUGCACGCCGGGAGAGAGGCAGCUGCUGACAGGGAAAGUCCGUAUCGGGGUGACAGCGGAAGGGGACAUAGUAUACUGUACACUAUACAGCUGUGGAUAACCUGCUCAGCGACUGAUCUGUCUUCCCAUCGAGAAGGCCCUAGGACAGGGCAAGUCUGCAGGAUGUCUCAGGUUCAGGAGCUGCUGAGCCAGGAGAUAAAGGUCCUGCUGCGAAAUCAAGACUGCAAGGACAGGCGACAGACUGCCCGAAUCUGCAUUGAGCUGCGCAUAUCUUCAACUCCUGUGCAUAAGAAGGAUCUGGUUGUUCGUAUGACUGAUGACACAGAUCCUUUCUUCCUAUACAACCUUGUGAUAUCAGAAGAGGAUUUCCAGAGCCUUAAGCUACAGCAGGGCCUCUUAGUGGAUUCCUCUGCGUUCCCUCAGAAGUUUAUUGAUUUGCUUUAUCAGUGCGUCAAUGAAGAAAACAAAGAGGUGCCUAGAUUCCUUCUACAGUUGUCCUCCAGUGCUCUCUUGGGAAGUUCUCCUGCUCAGUUAGAUGUGGUUGAAACUAAUCCAUUUAAGCACCUCACACACCUCUCUCUGCGACUCCUACCAGCAAACGACAUGGAAAUAAAGACUUACCUGGCGACAUGUCUAAGAUGUAUUAAGGAUGAAAAAAUGGGACUGCAGCACACAUUAAAAAAAACAGAAGAAGAUCUGAGUCGGCAGCUAAUGUGUGCACAGCAGGCUCUGUCUGAGAAAAGUCUUGAGUUGGAGAAGUUAAAAAGUGACUCUUCUUACCAGAUUACAGCACUAACAAGCCAGCACACGGCAGAGCUUACAAGUGAGAAAGAGAAGGCUCAGCAGGCAUCUGCUCAGCUACUACAACAGUAUGAGCAACAUAGAAAGGAGUUGGAGAGCUCACUCCAGAAGAAUACACAGCAGAUGCAGGACAGGCUCAAUGAGCUUGAACAAUCCAACAAGGAUCUACUUGAAAGGAGAUACAAAGCUGAAUCCACCAUCAGGGAGCUCCGAUCAAAGUACCAAGGCCUGGAGGAGGAGGUACAGAGAUCACAGCAAAAGGGGGCAUCCCUCGGCAGAGAGAACACUGCACUAGAUGCGGAGUGCCAUGAUAAGGAAAAGGAAAUAAACAGACUUCAGACACGGCUAGCUGUUCUCGAGCAAGAGCUAAAGGACAAGGAUCACUUAGUGCUGAGGAGCAAUGAGAUUCUCACAGCCACCCAGGAGCAGAAGACCAGGUUAGAGGCCAGUGCUGAGAAGAAGCAAGUGCAGAUCGGGAAGCUGGAGGCAACGAUAAAAUCCUUAUCUGCCGAGCUCCUGAAGGCCAAUGAUAUAAUAAAGAAGCUUCAGGGGGAUUUGAAGACUUUGAUGGGCAAAUUAAAGCUGAAGAAUGCAGUGACUGUGCAACAGGAGAAGCUGCUCUCAGAAAAUAGACUUUUGAUUCAGGAAGAGCAAAGGAAGAUGAAGGAUGUUCAGCAGAGCCUGAGGUUGAAAGAGGAAGAGGUAGAGAAAAUACAUCAGCAACUUCAACAAACGGAAGGGAAGUUGGAGGAGAGUAAGGAGCUGCUUAAAACAAAUGAGAAUGUUAUUUCCUGGUUAAACAAGCAACUUAAUGAGAACCAAAGUGUGAGUUCCAAUUCAACCAGCGCCCCCUUCAGGACAACUAUGUCAUCCAGCCAAAUGCCAGAACACAGGAUACCACUCCAUAGCUGUCGGAUGACCUACCCACUCCCUUCUUCUUAUCCAGUGAUACCUUAUAUUGCACCUGCUGGGUCCUCACAACAGCCCUCGCUGGAGGUAAUUCGCACAGGCCCACGGGUUCAGUACAUUCAUCCACUUGCUAAAGCAAGUCUCCCGCAAGGUCUCUAUGGAUCAUCUCAGAAUGCAAAUAAAGAGAAUGGAGAGCCAGCAGGCUUGGAUCAUAAAUAUCUAAAGAAGAGAGAGGGAUGCCAGCCUCUACAAGGUGUUAGUCAGAACACUGCCCCAGAGCCCCAGAAAGCCUCCUUGCGUAAAGUAACACAAGCAAAGACAAGUCGCCCUCCCAUACAGUCCGCUUACUUUCCAGGACAAGUGUCAUCUUCAUGAUUUGGAUAAGACAAACUGGGUCACAUUUCGGAUGUUCUAGAAGAGGCGUGGAUCAAAUCCUUUCCUGGCUCAUUCCUUAGAGUCUGCAUUGAGGUGUGGCCGCUGAGGUUUAUUUGAUUGAACAAUAAUAAUAAUUAUUGAUGUGCCACAGACUAUGAAAGCAUGGACCAGGAGUUUCCCAUAUUGGCUCCCUCCACAUUGUACCGUCUGUCUUUCGUGUGAAUGUAAAAACGUUACUUUGGUGUGUGUUUGUGCAUCACACGUGAAUACAAGAUGCAGUGCCUAGCGUCCUGCAAUGUUUUAGCAUUAAUCCAUGACAGAUGUGAGAGAGCUUCAUUUGCAUGUAGUCAUUAAAAGCUGAAUGUAAUGAAUAAUAAGAGAGACUUAAGGAAUAGGCUGGCUGACUUGUUUUCAGGCAUGAACAUAAUGAAACGUUCCGUCACUAAUGUCCUAAUUCAUGUUCUUUAAUACUGUAUUUUGCACAUCAUGAACUUAAAUCUAAACGUUUGAAUGACUCCAAAGAAAUAUUUAAAUGCAUAUAUACUACCUCUUGUUUUUUGUAUAACAAGUCUUUUGUCUUGCAGUGCGUUUUAUAAUCUGAGUGUUUAACUGUUCAGAUAACAUUCUGGAAGUAAUGAUUACAUAUUAAAAGCACUUAAAUGUU